CACUCUCACAAGUCACAACACACCCAUUAUCUCGCACAGUGGUUGCUAACGAAGCUUUGGCCCCUCCCCUCCGCCACCAACGUCGAUCCGAACAUCUACCAUUUGCCGUUCAACAAAUGCUUGCCUCUUGCCUCCGAUUCGCACCGCUACGUUGCCUCUUGCAUCUGAUCGGCGUUGUUCCAUCGCCUCUCGCCUCUGAUUCACGUCGAGCCGUCGCCUCUCGUCUUUGAUUCGAGUUUCUCUUUGUGGGUCCUCUGAUUCCUUCACGUCCUCUAUCUCUAAGUAGACGUUGCGUCAAUCGAGAGUUCUCACUCAAACCAAGAGUUCUCACCUGAUCCCCUGCCACUGUUUAUCCGCCAUUGAGGUUCUGGCGUCAAUCGAGACUUCUUCACCAUCUGCUGUGCUGCUCGAGAUUUCUAUUUUGGCAAUUUCCUAAUUGAGUGCAUUGGAAAGCACUUUAAUUAUGAUAUAUAUGCAGUACAGUAUUCAUGACAAACUUUUGACCUGAAAUUUGCUUUUCGAGAUGGCCAAGGACCAACCAGUAUCUGUGAAAGAUGCAGUUUAUAAAUUGCAACUAUUCCUUCUUGAAGGCAUUCAAAGUGAAGACCAGUUGUUUGCAGCUGGAUCUUUGAUGUCAAGGAGUGAUUAUGAAGAUGUGGUAACUGAACGAUACAUCACAGACAUUUGUGGUUAUCCACUGUGCUCUAAUCCCUUGCCAUCUGAAUCUGAUCGCCCUCGGAAGGGUAGAUAUCAUAUUUCUUUGAAGGAGCAUAAGGUUUAUGAUCUACAUGAGACAUACAAGUAUUGUUCUUCCGGUUGUGUUGUUAAUAGUAAAUCUUUUGCUAUGAGCUUGCAAGAUAAGAGAUGCUCAGUUUUAGACCCGAAGAAACUUAAUGAUAUCUUUAGGUUGCUUGGGAAUGUGGAUGUGGAUGUUGGACCAGACAAAAAAGUUGGAAAGCCUGAAGAAUUAGGUUUGUCUGGCUUGAUAAUUCAGGAGAAAACAGAAACUAGCACGGGGGAUGUGCCUUUGGAGCAGUGGAUUGGCCCAUCAAAUGCUAUUGAAGGCUAUGUACCAAAACAAAGAGAUAGUGAUUUUAAGGGUUCCUCCCGGAAGUCUAUUAAAAAAGGGUCUAAAGCCAAUCAUGGCAAGAUGAGUGGCAGUAAAAAUUUGAUUAUCAAUGAGAUGGACUUCACCAGCACUAUAAUUACUCAAGAUGAGUAUAAUGUAUCUAAGCUGCCAGUGGAUCAAAAAGAGACAAAUUCAGAUUUUAAAAUUAAACCAUCAGAAAUGAAUCACGAAAAUCUAGAAAAUCAAUUAGAAAAUCUGAAAUCAUCAUCUCAUCCUUUGAAGAUUAAUUCUGAAAGGACAUUGGAGCAGCCAACAGGAGUUGAUGAUAAAAUUGUCAGGGACAGUGAUCAUGAAAUUCAAGAGCUGUCUUCAUCAUUUAGAAUCGCUCUUAACAUAGGUAUGUCAGAUGGAGAUGAGGAACAAAAUGCCAAGGAAAUCACCGGAUCAUCUAAACAAAUGCUCAAAUCUUCUGUUAAACAAUUGGGCAAAAGUGGUGUUGAGCACCAUGACCCUGUAUUAGAAAGACAAUUUGAAGUUGAACAAAAUGAAUUCGAAGAGAAAUCAGUGCAACUGAAUGGGGAAAAGAGUAAAGUUGCCACUAAUGGCAAUACUUCUGCUUCCAAUAUAGAUGCUGCAAAUGCUGAAGAGAAACUUGCAGAGAAAGAAACCAGGUUGAGCAAGAAUAAACUCAAGUCCUCUCUUAAAAAAUCUGGUGAAAAGAAGCUAAGUCGUUCUGUUACCUGGGCUGAUGAAAGAAGGGACAGUUCUGGGAGCAAGAAUCUUUGUGAAUUUAAGGAAAUGAGAGAUGUAAAAGAAUCUUCAGUAGGUAGUACACAUAUAGUUGAUGAUGAAGCUACUUUGCGUCAUGCCUCAGCAGAAGCCUGUGCAAUUGCUUUGAGCCAGGCAUCAGAAGCAGUUGCCUCUGGAGGAUCUGAUGUCGCUGAGGCUGUUUCUGAAGCUGGUAUAAUUAUAUUGCCAAGUCCUCAAGAUCCUGGUGAAGAACAAACUAUAGAUCAAGUUGAUGCAAUAGAAAAGGAUUUAGUUUCUCUAAAAUGGCCUAGAAAGCCUGGAAUUUCAGACAAUGAUUUGUUUGACAUGGAAGAUUCAUGGUAUGAACCUCCACCAGAGGGUUUCAGUUUGACUUUGUCACCUUUUGCGAUGAUGUGGAAUGCUCUAUUUUCAUGGAUAACAUCAUCUUCUCUGGCACAUAUAUAUGGAAGGGAUGAAAGUUUUCAUGAAGAAUAUCUAACAGUUAAUGGGCGAGAAUAUCCCUGUAAAGCUGUCUUAGCUGAUGGUCGGUCGUCUGAAAUAAAACAAGCUCUUGCGAGUUGUCUUGCUCGAGCUUUACCUGGACUUGUUGCUGAUCUUAGGUUGCCAACACCGAUAUCUACCUUGGAGAAAGGGAUGGAACGCUUGCUGGAUACAAUGUCAUUUAUGGAUGCGCUUCCAGCAUUCAGAAUGAGACAAUGGCAAGUGGUUGGUCUUCUGUUCAUUGAAGCGUUGUCUGUCUGUAAAAUACCUGUUCUUAUCUCGUACAUGACAGAUAGGAGGAUCUUUCUUCCCAAGGUGUUAGAUGGUUCCCAGUUAGGAAUGGAAGAGUAUGAGUAUUUGAAGGAUCUCAUAAUGCCACUUGGUCGAGCACCUAAUUUUUCUGCUCAAAGUGGAGCCUGAAAUGGAUUUAUCAAUCACCUUUGGACUGUUUGACGGCUUGAGCCUCUUGAUGGAAAAAUUUGCUGCGACUUGUAAUAACGUUGGGACAGUUUGGUGCCUAUGAUUCAAUCAAAGAAAAGUUGGCCUGCAUAUUCUGAAAAUUUGUUUUCUGUAGGGCGGAGAAAAAUGGAAGCUUGUGAUCUGUUGUGGUUAUUUAAACCUCGACUUAGGGUCAUAUUGAAAGAAUAGAAUGAUCAAAUGGUACUCCAAAAGGAAAAUUAGCAAAAAUUGUUCGGUGGCUUGCAAAGAAAAUGGCAUUUCCUCAGUCUUUUAAAUAAGUUAUAUGUAUGACUUAACAUUAGAUGUUUUUGCAUUGUGGAAACUCUGAAGUGCCUGUUUCUUUUUGCUAAUAUAGAAUCAAUAUUGAAUUACAA